AUGGCGGAGUCGAGCGACGAGGAGAUCGCAGUCGACCAGGCGCGCGUGAGCGAGGUUGGGCUCGACGAUGACGGGGAGGCCAUCAGGCGGUCCCGCAUUAGUUGCGCCAACGAGUCGCUGGGUCGCGUGGCUGAUCUGCUCUCGGCGACGCGGCCAGGGAUGCGGCUGUCCGUGCGCCCUGUUCGUGGAGACGGGCUGUGCUUUUUCCGCGCUGCGGCUGCCGAACUGGGACUUCCAGGCCGCGCGGCUUGGAAGCUGUACAGAUGGGCGCUGGUGAAGAUGAUGAGGCAGCGGAACCAGCAAUUGUUCGAGGCGCUGCAGCUGGACGAGUACGCCGUGGAGAGGAGGGCCCGCCUGCAGAAGGAGUUGCCAGCGCAGGUGGCCAGUGGCGUCGCGUGGGGCAGUCUCCCCAACUGGAAGGUGUUCUACGUGGACAUAUGCAUGGGCCUCCAUUCGGAGGACGUGUCGGCAACGCGCCGAUAUGCAGACGCUGUUGUGAUCACGCACUUCCUGGAGGCUUGUGGCGCUCUCGCUCUGUACGUGCCAUUCAACGCGUGGAGCCAGGCGGCCAUCUUCCCGGACCAGGGGUUGCUGCAGGGACGUGCGCAAAUCCCAGUGCUCGAUUUUGCUUUUGUCCACUAUGACGUCGACGGGUAUUCACACUACGAUGCGGUGGACGUGGCGACGUCAGGAGCUAACGCUCCGCGACCGUGGGAGCCGUCGACCGCGUGCCGGGGGAAGUUCAGCGACCCGUCGUGUUUCGCUGACGUGGAUGCGCUAUUCGGCGAGGAGGACGUGGCGGCUUUCUGUCAUCAGGCGUCCGGGCGCUUGCAGUUCACUGAGAGGGAGUGCGGCGGGCGCGAGUUCCGGCAGCAACGCGCGCCCGCAGCCGCGGAGGCCCCCGAGUCUGACUCCGACGCCGACCGGGAGUCAUCGCCCUCAGAGCCGGCGUCGGACUCCAAUUCCGAGCUGUCGGAGGCCCCUGCCGGGUCAGAGCAGUCCGACGUUGACCACUUGGCCUGCGGCGCCGACGUGGCGCACACGAACCCGACGCUUCCGCCGCCGUUCGUCCCUUCGGACGCCGCAGACAACAUCCAGGUGGUAAUGGACGGAUUGCAGUGCCGGAUCUGCACUGCGCCGUUCGGCAGUGCCGCUGGAUCACGGGGAGACGGAAGGGAUUUGCGGCGCCACGUAAUCAGCUGCCACCAGGCCUGCCUCCCAGCAGCGUGGAGGCAGGGGUGGAACAAGAGACUCGCUGACAGCGCCGACGAUGACGGCGUCCAUGCCGAGGUGCUGGAGGAGCAGGAAGCGUGGAUCUGGUCCAUCUACUGCCAGGCGGUGGAGGUCCGGGCGCGCACUGGCAUGCCAGCUCUCGGCAUUUGCAGAGACCGGCGGGCAAUUCGCACCAUGAGGCAAGUGGCGAACGAUGCUGGUUUGUCGUCGCUGGUGUGCUUCUGCUGCGGUCAGAUCUACACGAGUGUCGAGGACCCCGAUUGUCCGCGUGAGCUCCUGGAGUACGCCUUCGGCUUGGACGCGUUCCUGGCGCACUUCCCGCACCCUGCUCCGGACCACCGCGGGACGCGGUCGCACCACUAUCCGACGCAGACAACCGCGUCUUCGCCGUGGGUGCGAACGGUGCGGUGGAAUGGUCCGAACGGAAGCCAGAACUCCAUGCGCUUCCUGUGCUGCCCGGAAGACGUGGUGUGCGACCGUCAGCAUGGAGUUGUUGAUGAGCUGUGCGAGUCGUGCCGCAUACCUCUGUGCUGGCAGUGCCGCGGCAUUUUCGCGAAGACGCGAACGGUGCGGGAGCGAAUCCCGCGUCCCGCCAUCGCCAACGACAACUUUGUCGGGUUCGUGUCGGCAUGGUGGGAGAAGCACAAGCCCCGGUGGAUCGAGAUGGCCGCGGCCACGCCAGUGUGGACGAGUUUGAUGGCGUUCUACGUCGAGGGCGAUAAGGGCCACCUCAUGAACAAUCAGGCCAUGCAUCCGCACAGUCGGUACGCUGUCCGCGGUAAUCUGGCCAGCUUCCUGGUGCAUUGGGACGACGUCCUGGAGCGCCUGCUCGCCAUCACGGAGAGUUCCAGUGCUGCUGCGGCGCUGCCCCACGACGGCGAGACGCUGGCCCACUUGGUUCGCUUCGAGUGCCGGAUGAAAGACAAGGACAUGUCGAAGCACCUGAAGCACAUGCGCCUCCGCGCUCAUGUGGUGCUGCAGCUCGGCUGGGAGCUCAUCGACCGCGGCCACCCCGCUUUUUGUAGAGAUGCUGGCAAUCCCAUCGCAAUCGCCGCUGCCAAGGAGGCGUUUGAAAGGCGCGUGAAGCAGUGCUACCCGUGGCUCGGCACCCCCCAGGACACCGACGGGAAGGUCCCGCCAGCCGUGGACCGGGCGACGGUGGUGGCGGAUCCGUCCAGGAGCAGUGUGCAGGAUAACAAGCACGCGACUCCGGCGCUGGCCAGCACUGACGUCGCCUCUGUUUUCGACGAUGCCAGACCGACCGCCUGCGCGCCCACAGAUGCGACGUCCCGGUCUUGGCGCAACGGUGCCGAUGCCGCACAUCGGCGCCGCGCGGUGGGGCGGCCCGAGGAAGUGCAAAACCGGCCGUCCAUCAGCAUGGGGAUGUGGCUUGCAGGCAUGAGUCGCCGAGUGGAACACCAGAUCCGAUCGGACUGGCUCUUCAUCCCAGGCAUGCGCAAUGUCCACUUCCGCUUUUUGGGCAUCACCGCGAGGUUGGGGAGCAGAGUCAGGAAGUACAAGGACGAAGACGGAUCCGCUUUCACGGAGCGCCUGACCACGGCUGUCCGCGGGUUGCACGACCUGUUGGCGAAGGGGUACUACGGGCCGAACAGGCGGCCAAUUGCUGGCAACUUGACGGUGCUGCACAUGGCGCAUGGCCUGGACACAACCCAGAAACAGAUCGUGCACAACAUGCGCUCUGUGACGAGCAGCCUUGCAGGCACCCAGGAGCUGCGUCGCAGGAUGGGCCACGUAUUCCAGUCUGGCGCGAUUGGAUACGGGCACGGGCUUUUCAUCACCAUCUCGCCAAAUGAGAAGCAGUCCUGCUUGGUGAUGCGUCUACACAGAGCACGCCAGGGCGACCCGCUGCUGCGCGCGGGGUGCACAGACGACGCACGGAAUGCCAUGAGGAAACGAUUGGCGUCACGGGAGUGGCCGUCAUUGUCGGAGAGCGCCGACGCGGAGCUCCCCGAUUUCGAUUUGCGUCUGUGCGAAGUGGCCAAUGAUCCUCUCUCGGUCGUUCAGGGCUUCCGCGUCGCCGUGAACGUGAUCUUGGGCCGCCUCCUGGGUCUGCGGUUGUGCGCCGAGUGCGGCGUCGCGCGAAGAUAUCGUAGGCAGCCCCGGUGCUGUUGCACGGACAAGUUCGGCUCCAACUCGCGCCCCAUGGGCGGGAUUUUCGGGGUUGCUGCAGCUUUGCUUGGCGCCGUCGAGAACCAGCACCUAGGCACGCUCCACUUCCACGGGUUCGUGUACCUCGCGAACAUGUUCCAGCACGCACCCUUGACUGAGAUCGCGAGGACAAUUCGGGAGUCCCCUGGCUUGGCGGACGCGGUGAAGGAGUGGCACGCGUGGGUCCACAGGGAAGAGCACUGGGCCCCCGAGGAGCACCGGGAGAGCCUACCGUCGCUGGAGUCUGAGUGGCGGCAGAAUCACCGCGCAUCGGAGCACGUAGGUCUGUGUCGGUGGCCCGCGUAUGUGGACCAUGCCGAGCCGAAGACGAAGUGGGACGAGGGGUGCGAUGCCGUUGCCUGCGACGCCGACGCGGCCACCUUCAAGCAGGCUUACGAGGCAGAUGCGCAGAUGAUUUUCUCGAAGGUCCAGCAUCACCACCAUCCCAACGGGAAGCCGCUCACACACUGCAUCAAGAAAGGCUGCAAACACGGCGACAAGUGCAAGCACGGCUUCCCGAAGACCAUGCUCAUGGCGGCCCCAGAUGGACCGAGAUUCCGCGUUGUGUGCCCUCAGGUGGCCAGGGAAGUCGGGCUUAAAGUGAACGGGCCGAGGAGUGCGUUGGGCGAGAUCGCGGGGCCUCGGAACGACGACUUCCUGAGCGGGACUUGUCCAGCAUUGGCGGUGGCAUUUCGGAGCAACACGCACACGGCGCCGAACAACCGGCUCCCGCUGAUCACAGGCAUUACUCACGACCCGAACUGCCUGUGUCGACACGGCUCCAGAGAAGACACAGAAGAAGGGCACCUUCGACGCAUCGCAUUCGCGGUGCAGCGGUCCAUGUCGAACUCCUCGCGGUACAUCGGCGGGUACAUUUCCAAGGUGCAGCGCGUCGGGAAGAAGGCGCGGGAACUGGCGAAGACCUGCCUGUCCACGCUGGCCGAGCGACUCCAUGGGAAGUCCGAGAUGCAGCAGACGCUCAACACUGUGCACCGCUGCAUCGGGGACUGGGAGGCCAAGGGCGUGGCGCGGACGAUCUUCGAGGAGGUGAACUUGGCGCACUUCGCGGACAGGCCGAACCCGCUCGCAGCGGAGUGCAUCACGUCGUGCCCUGUCGCCGACUUCUACGCGGGCUGCUUCCUCCAGAUCGUGGCCGACGAGACUCGGGCGGGGCGCGCGACGGCGCGGCGCCAGAAGAGGUCCGUGGUGUUCACGGACGCAGGCGAGGUGGCCACUCCGCCGGACGCGACGGCGCGAGCGUACGCCUACCGACCCAAUCAUGCCGAGUUGAAGACUUUGAGCCCGUACGAGUUCGUCCGCUUGUUCGAGGUGGUACCAACGUACCCGCCACCAAGAGAUGCUUCGAAGCCAUCGACGGGCCCGACGGAGUGGAAGGCGAAUUCGCCGCCGGCCGCGGCUGAUGGGCCUCCACGGCCUGGGGUCCAUUAUGUCGUGAAGCCACCCGCGGAGGGAUGCAGGUACUUUGCGCUCGAAGAAGACCCAGACGACAUGGAGUUCGCGCACAUGUACGUGAUUGUACCCCGGGGCGUCCCCGCGCUACCCGUCUUCAUCGGGUCCGUCAUGCCUCAGCCCGAAAUGACGCCUGAGCGCCGCAGCGCCAUUUUGUCUGCGUACUUCCGACCAUGGACAUUGGUGUGCAAGUACGGAUCUUCUCGGGGGCCUGUUCCGCUAGCGAAGAAUCUGAACUUGCCGCCCAAGCGCCAGCGCUGUGGGAGGAGCGCGCCGAGCUUCCGAGUAGCCCUCAAGCACUACCUUCGCGGCCACAUCGUCUCGCCGUCCAACCGCAUCCUGUGGGCGAACGUGCUCCGCACCAUGACGACGAUGCCGGAGAACGCCGACGAGGGCGAGGACGACCAGGACUCGAAGCCGGUGGAGGCGCUACCCGAGAACGCGUUUCCGGUCCUCAGCCCCAGCAGCAUCAUGGCAGAGUUACGGCGAGUAGACCGAGACGCCGGGGCAGAUGCCGCUGGCGAGGACAUUGGGAACCUCUCCCAUUCGGUGCACAAAGCGCUGGAGCAGAGCAUGUCCUUCUGGGACCCGCCGAACAGGGCGCCCACGUUGAACUUGCCACUGCGACAGUCUGCUCUUCGGCAUUCCAGUGCAAUGCCAGCGGGGGCUCGCGGGAAUGCCCAGGAGCCACCGCGGAAGAUUGCGCGCUCCAAGAUGCGGGAGAAGCUGUACCCUGGCGACGCUGACCUGACAAGCAACAUCCAGAGCUGGCGGAGAGGACUGCAGACGCACCAGAUCACCCCCGACCCGCAGCAGAUGAGCAUCCUGGACGCCGUCGCCGACAGGUGCGUCCAGGAGGCCCGCGAGCAGGACCAGCUGCGCGGAUCGCCAUGCUCCCGGCUGUUCGUUCUCGGCCUGCCGGGUUCAGGGAAAUCGGAGGUCAUCCGGUGGCUGUGCGAGGAGGGCGUGGGGCUGUUCCCCACGUGCAUGGGAUGGGAACACGAGGUGCACUUCAUCAAGACCGCCCCCAUGAAUUCCAUGGCGAGCAACAUCGGUGGGCGAACCAUCCACAACUUCAGCAAGCUCGGAAUCGACCUCAUCACGGGAGUCCAGUCCGGCGGGAAGAAGGACCCGGAGUUGUCGGAGAACAUGCUGCACACGAAAAUCCAGCACAUGCGCUGGCUCAUCAUCGACGAGGUGGAGAACGUUUCGGUGGAGUUGCUGGACGCCGUGCACAGGCAGGUGAAGGACUCGACGAGGGACAAGGGAAACCCCUGGGCCGUGGACGCACGCGUUCCAAAACAGUUCGCCAUGUUCGGAGGGCUCAACCUGGUGCUGCUCGGGGACUUAUGGCAGAUACCGCCCGUCAGGAGUCUCAGUAUUGCCGCCAACCCAUUUGUCAAGAGACCCGCCAACGUCGGCCGCAUACUGGAGAUGUUCUGGACAGAGGGCUUGCCGCACUCGGUGACUAACCGCUACGCCCUGGCCCAGUCGCACCGCUGCUCAGACGUGUGGUGGAGAAGCUUUCUCGCCGAAGCGCGCGCUGGGAAUCUGUCGGACAGGAUGUACGAUUUCGUCCACGGCUUCCCCACUGAUGUGCCCGGCUCCUGGAUGCCCGCAAGCCCCGGCAGCGCCGAGGCCUCGACGGGGCACUUCGGCUGCGGGAAGGCGAAGUGCCGCGCGCUCUGGUCAGUUGAGUGGCCACGGAUGUUCGGAGAAGGUCGGGCCUGGGAGGACAUGAAAUCCCUGGAGUGCGCUGAGUGCAGCGCGGAACGCCAUCGGCGCUGCCGCGUCGCCUCUCAGAGCGAUGCCAGACAGCGGGAGGUGAGCACGGCGUUCGCGGACGCGCUGUUCGUGCACCCGUACAACGCCCCGAAGAGCAGGAUUCUGACGCUGCGAGCGGCGAAUGCGGCAGCCAAUGCUGGGAAGCAGCUCCUCUGGGUGGUGGCGCGCGAUGUCCCCCUCACUCGGGACGACGCAUGCAGGUCGACGGAGUCGCUCUCCCACGCCAGGCAGAACUGGCUCAUGUACCCCGAGAACAAGACUGGCGGAGUUCCGGGUGUGCUGCCGAUCUUCGAGGGGAUGCGGGCGCGGUUCACCACCACGGAGAAUGCGGAGGCGGGAGCCUGCAAGCACUCCUGGGGUACCGUGACGGGCUGGGUCCUCCACCCCGACGACUCGAAGUUGGUGAAAGACCACAGGUCCGAGCCGGAGCUGGUCCUGCAGCACGUGCCCGAGGCGAUCAUGGUGCAAAUUCCCGGGAACACGGCGCCCCGCUUUGGGAAUCAGCCCGCGGGCGUCUUCCCCGUGAAGCAGAGGGAGGUGUCCUGGGAUCGCAGUCCCGGCUUCAAGGCCAUGGUGAAGCGCGCGGGGUUCCCGCUGGUCCCGCACUUCGCCGCCACGGCCCACUGCGUCACCGGCGCCACGCUGCCGCAGGCCAUUAUCGACCUCCUGGACGCGCGCACGACGCCCCGCGCAGCCAUGGUCCCCACGGGCUACGUGGCCAUCAGCCGCACCAGGAGGGCUGACGAUCUGAUCAUCACGCAGCCUUUUUCGCCCAUGCUUUUCCGCCAGGGGCAUCAGACGGGCCCAUGGCUCUUGCACUCCCUGACAGCCGGGGAGAUGACGACGGAGCAGGCGGAAGCCGGCUGGGCCAAGGCAGAGAAGGAAGCCGCGUCCAGGUCGUCCAAGAAAUUGGUGGACGUCACUUUCCAGUGCGCCGACUGCCACCAGCGGAAGAGAGCGGGCAACUUCCCAGGCAGCGGCAUGAGAACGAGCGACCCCGUAGAGCACGCCGUGGCGUUGCUGUGCCAGGGCGCGUGGAGGAGGUGCGCCCUGUGCGCGCAGAAGCGGACCUCUGCUGCGGGCGCGCCCGCCGCGGCUGCAGAGCCAUUCGCCGCGAAAGGCAGAGACGUGCUCGUCUGCAAUCGCUGCAAGGAGACUAAAUCGUUAAAGAACUUCAGACGCAGCGAGGUCAAUGACUUGACGGGAAGAGGGGCGCUGGACCUUGCCGUUUGCGUCGCUUGCACCCCUGAGAGGCAGCAUUUCAACAUUAUGUCGGAGGGCCGCCUUUUUAAGUGCCGCAUCUGCUCGCAGGAGAAGGCAGCGGAUCAGUUUGAUGCAGCCUUUUUUAAGAUGCACAAGAGCGUCAAAGACGCCGCGUGCACAGAAUGUCUCGACGAAAAAGGGAAGCCCCUCUGUCAGGGAGGCUGCGGAGCAAGGCCUCCAGACCGCUUGACGUACAGCACCGGUUUUUGGUGCGAGUCUUGCAAAUUCCCGCCGUGCGCGAGAUGUGGCACGACUCCGCGGCCGAAGACGGCCAAGUACAGAGUGUGGAACAUGAAAGAGUGGACCUGCGCUCAGUGCCGGGAUCCGCGCGGGGGGCUGAAAUGCGCCCAGUGCUCGGCAGUGUUUAUGCGAGCAGCCGUGAAGAGUUCCCAGCGCGACAAAGCAGACAUGCUCUGCCCCGCUUGCAGGCGGGCAGAGUAG